CUAGAGAAGAAUGCAAAACCAAUUGGAAUAAAAUUGAGGUAAUUUUUGUAAAUUUGCUGGAUUUACGAUGCAGAAAAAGUCCAGCGAUGCACUGAAUCAAGGCCCCGGGACAGCGCUCAGCACGAGGAAGUGAUUGAACCGAGGAAAACGGUCCGGAACAGCGACAAUCCCAACGAAAACAAACGCCCACAGCAACAUACAUCAUCAUAAGAACAUCAUCAACCUGCUGCAGUGAGAGAUGUUUGCCCAGAACCAGAAAACCAGCUUCCUGGAGCAGACGAAGGCGGCGCGGGAGGAGCGGGCACUGGAGAAGCGUCGCGAGCAGGCGGCCAUCCUACUGCAGUCCACGCUCAAAGGAUACGCGGCGCGCAGGAAGUACCAGAAGCGGAUCAUCCACGAUUUCGAUGCCAUCUUCACCGAAAGUCAGGACGACAAGGAGGCGGAACUGGAGCUGCAGGCCAUCGCUGUGUACCCGGUGCUCCGUCGCUACCUCACCCAAAUCAAGCUGGACAAGAGCGAUGUGCGUUCGCGGGAGCGUCUGGAGCGCAUCUGCCGCUACAUCAUCAAGGCCAUGGAGACGGAGAACACGAAGCUAUCCUACGCCGCCCUCUGCCUGUUCAAGGAGCGCAGCCUGCCGUGGAUCGCGCACAUCAAGAUACUGCUCACCAACUGCCUGAUAUUGCUGCCCGAGCUCAAGCCCGAGAACCAUGCCGACAGCCUGUCCUUGGCCCUUUUCCUGCACACACUGGUGGUCUUUACGGCUCCUAAAUCUUGGGCUAUACUCAGGAGUGCCCAGUUCGAGAAGGUGCAGCCGGCCAUGCAGAAGAUCUGCUGCAACAUCCAGGGGCAUCUGGUGCAGCACGACUUCUACAGAACCAUGCGGCUCGUUUUGCUGCGCGGCACUGUGCGCGAGGAGUUGUCCGUGAAGCCCGUCACCCUGGUGGCCAUCAUAACGCUCUGCCUGCGCCCCCUGAUCGAUGGCAACUUCAGUCGGAAUCUGCUGACCAAGUUUCUGUCGGAGAUUCUGUCUGUGCCCGCCUUGAUCUACCAUCUGCACCAGAGUGUUCCGCAGUGCCUGGAGCAGUUCUCGUCUUUGGGGCUGUUAAAGAAGGCCCUGGGCAUCUCGGGUGAUCUGCAGUGGUUCGAGGAGUUUGGCGCCAGCAUGCCGGGCACCAAGUCCCUGGCGUUUCUGGGAAACAUAGUGAAUUUGUUCAACAUUGAUGGGCAGGGGGAGUCCAAGGAGUUGGCCUACCCACUACUGACUGAAACCACUACAUCGCUGCUGGAGUUAAUACCCAACACGGUGACCACCAAGGGAGUGUUCACCCAGUGGCACGAGCUGCUGGGCUGGCAUACUCCCGGACCAGAGCCCGCCCAGAAUCAGAAUGUGCCGCUGAUUAAGAAGCAGUUUCACAUGCUGUGGGAUCAUCGAUGCAUAAAACUGUUGCUGGGGGAUCUCCUGAAGGAAAUCAAUCUUAAUUACGAGCGCAUCGAGUUCCAGCCCCCCCAGCAGCCAUCCACAUCGAAUCUUUUGCGUCGUGCCUUGGAACGCAGCUCCACGAGGGGUGUCAACCUAAUGGGAGUGGCCAACAGCAAGCAAACGAAGCAGCAGUGGCGGAAGUUGGACAACGCGGAUGUGGUGCAGGUGUCCCGCAUCUGCGGCAUGUACUAUGCCGCGCUAAACACCCUCUCCCAAAUGAAAUUGGACAUUCUGACUGGCAUCUGCUACAACGACAAUGUGCUGUAUGAUAUUUGGUUGCUAAUCACCUCACUGGGUCCGAAUUGUGGAAUGAAAGAGUAUCUGGAGCUGCUCAAGUCGGAGACUAAUCUGCAAAAGCCGCAGACCGCCAUGCUGAUGCUAUUUUGCGACUGCAUGACGCACUACGUCACAAUUCUGGAUGAGUAUGAAAUGUAUACGGAGCAGAAUCCUUUUAAACUGAACGAUUAUGUGAUGUUAACCUACUUCCUUAAUAAUAUUCUCUAUAAACUCAUUAACGAGAAUCUCCUGGCAGGUGCCAAGAGCAUUGUCCAGAAUCCGGUUUUCCUCUCGCUGCACACUCUUAUGCUCUGCUUGUACCGCCGCGAUUGCCGUCGCCCCUUCACGCCACCCAACCACUGGCUCAUUCCGGAGGUGAAGCCCUCCACGUUCAUCAACGACCUGGAGAAGGCCAAGCGGAACGCUAUGCUGCUGCUGGCCAAGAUGCCGCACAUUAUACCGCACGAUGAUCGGGUCAAGCUGUUCCGCAAGUUCGUGCAGAAUGAGAAGGCGGUGAUGGGACUGACGGAGAGUGCCUGCGCUUCGCCUCGCUCCGCCCUGAUUGUCAUACAUCGCGAGCGGAUUGUGGAGGAUGGAUAUAGGCAACUGGCCGCGCAGCCUACGCAGGCGCUAAAAGGUGUUAUCCGGGUGCGGUUCAUCAAUCAGCAGGGUCUGCACGAGGCGGGCAUUGAUCAGGAUGGAGUGUUCAAAGAGUUCCUCGAGGAGACCAUCAAAAAGGUGUUUGACCCCUCGCUGAAUCUCUUCAAGACCACUUCGGACCAGCGGCUAUAUCCCUCGCCCAUCUCCUACGUCCAGGACAAUCAUCUGCAGCUCUUCGAGUUCGUGGGCCGCAUGCUGGGCAAGGCGGUGUACGAGGGCAUCGUGGUGGACGUGCCCUUUGCCUCCUUCUUCCUCUCCCAGCUGCUCGGCCAGACGCAGCAGGCUCUCUACUCCUGCAUGGACGAGCUGCCCUCGUUGGACAACGAGCUUUAUCGCAGUCUAACCUUUAUCAAGCACUACAAGCAGGAUGUGGCCGAUCUUAACCUUACCUUUUCCGUGGACCAGGAUGUAAUGGGCAAGAUUGUCACCCACGAAUUGCAUCCGGGUGGCAAGGCGCGUGUGGUCAAUGACCACAACAAGUUGGUCUACAUCCACUACAUGGCCUUCUUUCACAUGAACACCCAAAUUCGCGAGCAGACGAUAGCCUUCAAUCGUGGCUUUCGCAGCAUUGUGAAUCCGGAGUGGCUAUCUCUGUUCUCACCGCCGGAAUUGCAGCGUCUGAUUUCUGGGGACACGGUUCCCUUGGACUUGAAGGAUCUGCGAAAGCAUACACAGUAUUACGGUGGCUUUCACGACUCCCAUCGUGUGGUGGGCUGGCUCUGGGACAUCCUGGCCAAGGAUUUCACGGAAGAUGAGCGCAAGCUGUUUUUAAAGUUCGUUACCAGCUGCUCGAAGCCUCCGCUUUUGGGCUUUGCCCACCUGGAGCCGCCCUUCUCCAUUCGUUGCGUGGAAGUGGGUGACGACGAGGAUACGGGGGACACAAUCGGCAGUGUGAUCCGAGGUUUCUUCACUAUACGCAAAAAGGAUCCGCUCAACCGACUGCCCACCUCUUCCACCUGCUUCAACCUGCUGAAGCUGCCCAAUUACCAAAAGAAGUCCACGCUGCGGGACAAACUACGCUACGCCGUGAGCAGCAACACCGGAUUCGAGCUGUCCUAAAGGAGGACCCUUCUCCUACUUCUUCCCACUUUAUUCACAUUUUGUAUGUUAUUCCUUUUUAAGCAUUCUUUCGUAGGCAAUUUCGGUGUAAAUGUAUUUUUAUGAUUUGUGGCCGCAUCACAAACGGAUUGAGAAACACAUUUAAUCAAUCUUAACACACAAUUAUUAACAAAUAAAUAUAAACGUAUAGCUGUGAUAAAACUAUAAUAAACUAACGAAGAGUACACAACAAA